GUCGCCUCUACAUCGUUUUCUAAGCAAAACACCCACGGGUUGGCGGCAGCAAUUCGGUUGUAAAAACACAGCUGGACCCGCUGAGACCUAACAGUAAAUGCGGAGAGGAAAGAGGAAAUUCCAGUUCCAGGUCGAGUCUUUUCACUCUUCUUGCGCCACUCCCGCUAUCAGCCUUACCGCAAAUCAACCUCGAAGCACUUUUGGCUAUCAGACUGGACCGAUCCCACAUUCUGUAAGGGUCGAGCCUACACCACCAACUUUCAAUUAAGUCGCACACACACUCACAGGGGGGGCGUUGGUGCUGGCAAUGGCAAUCACCUGAGGUGACUACGAAGUAAUUAACGCAGUUGAAUUAAUUUUGCCCUUCAAAAGAGUUGCGGUGUAGUCCCAGCCGGAAAAACGCAUAUCAAUCACAAAUAUCGCCGGGAACCUCUCUACAACCUUAAUUAGAAAGUAGUUAAUCAAAGCCUCUUGCAGCUGAGAUUCUAUCUGGGUGGAGCACAACAAAAUUUAGCACCUUAAGCAAAAGGAUAGCAGCAAUUGUUAACUUAAAUGAGUGUCCUAAACAUGGAUUGUGAACAGCGCGGCGAUAUAGAUAGUGUCUUCGGUUGGAUCGCCAAUCUUUGCAACAAAGAAACGCGUCUUUGGGCGAUGUUGGAGCUAUUCGAAAGGCGCAGCCACAUUGACAGCCUAGGACUCUUGCUAUGGCAUUCCUUUGGAGCUGUGAGUGGUUUGCUACAAGAGAUUGUGACAAUAUAUCCGGUCAUUUAUCAAGAAAUUGAAUUAACCGGCCAACAGUCGCACCGGAUUUGCACUGCCAUUGGGCUGAUUCAGGCUAUGGCCGCACAUCCCUUCAUUGGUAUUCAACUCAUACGAUGCCAAUUCAUGUGCUAUUUGAUGCCAUUGCUUAAAAUGACUUCUCAAACUCGCGCCGUUGAGCAUGUUCGCCUCUCUGUCUUGGGCGUCAUUUGCGGUCUACUGAAAUCAGAUCAUCCGGAGAUCGUAUCUUAUUUGUUGGGCACUGAAUUAAUUCCACUUACCCUGCGGCAGCUGGAGUUUGGUACCACAAUGAGUAAGGUGCUCAGUGCAUUUAUCUUGUACCGCACCUUAGAACACGAAGUGGGCUUAAAGUUUGCUAGUCGAAGACUGGCACGAAGGCUGCAUCUGAUCCAUACUUUGGCCAGGGUUGUGCACCAACUCACACUGGAACCGGAGCCUAGGGUUCUUAAACAUGUAGUGAGGAUCUAUUCUCGUCUGGCUGAUCAUCCCCAAAAUCUGGAGCUGGUCCUUAAGCUAUUGCCGGCUCAGAUUCGAAACGGUUAUUUUUGCCAGGAAGUUUUAGUGGGCUUCGAGAGCGCUUCUCUAGAGCUAGCUGAACUUAACCGUAAGCUCAGUAAAAGAGAGGAAAAGGACAAGGCUUGUGAUGAUACCAUGCCGGAAAACCAUUGAAGCUAAAUUUCACGCCUCCUUAGCUUUCCUUUUCCUAAUUGUCCUUAUCAAUGCAUAUAAAUGGUGAACCAAUCAGAUGUUUUAUUUUGUGGCUACUGGAUAUCUUUGGUUGGAGGAUAUAUAAGGCUUCUCUUGGAGCAUUAAGUUAGAAUAAUGCAAUAAACAGAUCGUAAAUAUUUUGAUACCAUUUUUCCACCGUAAUUGACAUGACGAUACUUUCAAUGUCAAACAAUAAAUUCAAUUUCCAAUCAAUAGCCCCAAAAAAAAUAAAGGCUUAGUAGUAGCACACACACAUUACAGUUACCCUAAACCCUACCACGCACGUGCAAUGGCUCUACUUUUGACAUAUAUAUUUAGUGAAACAUUCGAAUGAGCAAAAGGUUGAGGCAAACGGAGUACAAAUGGUGUUGUAAGUCCAAAGAAGCGGAAAAUAAAUGGAAAAGGCGAUAUGCGCCAGGUAUUUAGAACAGUAAGAAACUUGAGGAUAUAGCAGCUUUUAGUACCUAGUACCUAGAACUGCCUCCAUUAAAAAUUGUAUCUUGACGUUUGGAAAAAUCCAAAGUCUUUAUGGAAGCUAAAAAGAAAGUAUACAAAGUAGCUAAAGCAGAGAAUAAACAGCCAGGCAACAACAAUGACAGUCAAACAAUGCAAAUCAAUUUACAUUUUCAUCUCACAUGACGUAGUCGAUGAAGAAGGGCCGGGAAAAAAGGGCGCAAAAAUGUACAGAAAAUGCGUGAGAAUAUCAGAAAAGCAACCGCAAUCUUUUUACCAAAUUGUUUCGAGGGUUGCCAUUGCCUUUUUUCGCUCUUCGUUGGCUUUGCCACGCAACUCAAUCAUAAGUAAAUAUCUGCCUCGCCCACACGCUCGCGAAAAAACGCAGCUUAUUAUGCCCACGGGUAAAAUAUAAAGGGAAUAUAGAGGCGUACGGUUUAACGGCUGAAAAGUAGCACGUUGGCAGGCGAGACACGUUCUAAUAGAUUUUUUCAACCUCUCGCCUUUUGACGCCUGGCAUGGCAUACAAGUAACACAUGUUGCUUUUGUUUGGCUUCCUGUCGCACAUAAGGAUGAAAAGAAGGAAUCCGUCACAUUCAUAAAAAUUAAAUUUUCACUGCAUAA